AUGAGCUGUGCCGUCAGGCAGGUUGUUACUGCCUGUUCCCAAGGCAGAAGCAGUGCAGGCAGCUCUGCGGCUGGCAGCGGAAGGAAGGUCUCCUCUGCCUCCCCGGGGAGACACGCUACCUAUGACCUCGGUGCUGUGAUUGGCAACUUUUCUGGUGACACUUUAAGCGAGGGAUUACUUGGGAAGCAGCUGAACGCCGGCAGUGCUGCUGGUGGGAGCUUCGGAGCUACCCAGAGGGCUUGUUCUGCCCUUGGAUUCAGCGGUGGAGGCAUGUGCACUCGUGGCGGUGGUUUCACCAGGGCUAGUGCUGGUUGCAGUGAUGGGAUCUUAUUUGCUAACAACGAGAAAGCGACGAUGCAGAACCUCAACGACCGCCUGGCUUCCUACUUGGACAAGGUGCGGAUGCUGGAGGGAGACAACGCCGAGCUCGAGUGCAAGAUCAGGGAGUGGUAUGCCAAGGUAGGGCCCAGCUGCGAACCGCGGGACUACAGCUGCUUUCAUAAGGAGAUCGAAGACCUUCAGAACCAGAUCCUGUGUGCAGCCAUGGAGACUAACAAAAUCCUCUUGAAUAUUGAUAACAACAGGAUGACCGCUGAUGACUUCAGAGUGAAGUAUGAGGCUGAGUGCGGUCUCCGGCAGAAUGUGGACGCAGACAUCUGCAACCUGCGCCCAGUGCUGGACCAGCUGGCGAGCUGCAAGACCGAUCUGCAGCUGCAGUGUGAGGCCCUGACUGAAGAGAUGUGCUGCCUCAAGACGAAUCACGAGGAGGAAAUGAGCUGUCUGAGGAAACAGGCCACUGGAGACGUGAGCGUGGAGGUCAAUGCCUGCCCUGGCCCCGACCUGAGGAAGAUCCUGGAGGAUCUGAGAUGCCAGUAUGAAACACUGAUGGAGCGCAACCGCAAAGAGACUGAGCAGUGGUAUGCCUGCAAGGUGGAGGAGGUGAAUCUGGAGGUCAUCACUAGCAGCCAGGAGAUCGAGUCAAGCAACAAACAGGUCACAGAGCUGAGACGUCAGCUGCAGGCCUUGGAAAUCAACGUACAAGCCCAGCUCACUAUGAAAGAAAACCUGGAAUCAUCCUUGGCAGAAACCGAAUGUCGCUACAACAAAUACCUGGCUGAGCUCCAGAACCAGAUCUCCUGCGUGGAGCAGCGGCUGGCUGAAAUACGAGCAGAAAUGGAGUGCCAGAACCAGGAAUACAAGACCCUCCUGGAUGUCAAAUGCCGCUUGGAGCAGGAAAUCCAGACCUACCACUGCCUGCUGGAGGGGGGACAGCACGACAUCAUAGGGCCGGGGGCAAGAGGAGUCCCUGCAGCACCAGCUGGAAGAAGCGGUGGGCUGAAAGCCGGCCUGUGCCAGCCCUGCCUGCCCUGA